UGCGAAAUCGUCAUUCAUAGUACGGUACGUGGUCUGCUGCUUGUGACUAAACGAUAUUAAAAGUAAGAAAUAGCCGUCAUCGUUGUUCAUCUCUCCUGAAUAUUUUACAGAGUAUUGCAUCAUAAUCUGACACUAAUUAGUGGGUAUAUAGGAUGACAAGGAAUAAGAGAGACACUCGGAAUUGACUGCAAAUUAAUUUCGAAUUUUACUGUCAAACGAAUCGUGGUUUCGUCGCUCUGUAUACGAAUCAGUUACUGUUCGUGUUCAGAUUGCUCCGAAUUCCGCAUUGAGUUGAGUGCGGAAUACUUUUUGUAAGUAGAAUUCUUCCCGACUCCUUUUAUCAAAAUGGCUGAAUGGCAGGAAGUAUCACAUGCAAAGGACAACGACCGUAGAGAAUUACUCUUAAAAGGAAAGGAGAUUGCAGAAAGAAUCGCCCUAAGAGGACUUGAUAAAAGAAUCUUUAAUUUGAGCCCUCUCAACUUCCUUGAAAUAUCUGAUGCUGGAAUAGAGGAACUUCCAAGUGAGAUUGGAAAUUUGUCACAUUUACUAAACCUCACUCUUCGUGGGAAUAAGCUUGUAGUUCUACCAGAUUCGAUAGGUAAAUUAGCACGCCUACAAUUCCUUGAUGCGUCAAGAAAUGCUAUUGAAGACGUGCCGGACAGUUUGGGAUGUAUCUCAUCCAUUCACACACUAGAUCUGAGCCAAAACAAGCUUAGUGUGAUCCCAGAAAGCUUCAACAAUCUCUCCAACCUGGCAUACCUUAACUUUUCUCGGAACAGUUUGACGGAUCUGGAUGUGAUGCUUCGGGGAAAUUUGCACCACCUCAGUGAAGUUCUUGCUUCUCACAACCAGAUUGAGACUAUUCCAUCAGGGGUUGGGGGCCUGGAAUCGCUGCGCACUCUAGAUUUGAGCGAAAAUAAGCUUCAGGAGUUUCCAGCACGUCUUUCACUUUGUCCGAAGUUAAAAGAACUCCAUCUCGUUGAAAAUCCUGUCAAGGACAGACGACUCAAAAAAUUGAUUCAACAAACCAGAGGUACAAAACCGAUUCUAGAAUACAUCGCUACGCAUGGGAAGAAGGAGGAGGCAGAGGAUGUAUCUGCAAAAUCAGCUAAGAAAGGGAAGAGGAAAAAGAAAUCUUCGCAAUCGAAGGAUGAGGAGACGGAGCAGAUAAGGCAGAUGAUUGAGGUCAUGUCCUUCAGGAAUUCCUCAGAUCAGCUUGAAAUCAAAGCAUGUAAAUCUGUUGUGUUUGUACGGCCGUACAUCGCCUGCUGCAUCGUCAGGCAUCUGAAUCUGUCCUUUGGGAAUCGCUUCAAACAGUUCAUUAGUGCCCAGACUAAGCUUCACGAUGGCCCACUCUGUGCGAAGAGGACCACUGCUACCAUAGCAACCCAUGACCUGAAGUGCAUCAAAGGACCUUUGACCUACGAGGGCAAAUCACCAUCUAGCAUUGAGCUCACUCCUCUGGGUAAGAACAAAGCGGUUACUGCUGAAUCAUUGAUGAAACAGCUUAACCAAGAAGCUGAUGAACUCCGCAAAGAACUCAAGAGGAAUACUGUCUCUGGGAUCCAUAAGUACCUCAGCCUAUUGGCCCAUCAAGAGCUCUACCCAACCUUACUGGAUGCCGCUGGUCAUGUGAUCUCUCUUCCACCAAUCACAAAUUCAGAUGUUUCAAAGAUAUCUCGAUCCACAACCGACAUCCUGAUCGAGGUGACCAGCUCGGAGGACCUAGCCUCCUGCAAGAAGGUAUUACAGGCUCUCCUUGCCAAGAUGCUCGAAUUAAACCUAGGAAGCAAAGGAGAAGCAGACGAAGGGCCUGGAGCGGAGUCUACCUCAGAGGACAAGCAGAAUAAGCUUGUGGUUGAACAGGCGAGGGUCGUCAACGAGGACGGCGACCUCAGGGUCAUCUAUCCAUCCAAGACGGAUCUUGACGAUUUACCAGGGGUGACGGUUAUACGUCAGUAAUGUCACAACUGGAUCUUUAGGUAGAAUUUUAUGAUUUUCUAUACAGAAUUUUAAUUAGAUUUAUGAUGAAAUGGCAUUAAUCUGAUUUGUACUUUUUGUGAGUACUCUUUUAGGCUAACAGGAUUCAUGGGCGAGGCAGGAACAACUGUGAGGGCAGGGGGGCGAACACUCCUUUAGUUUUCUAGUUGUGACACACAACAGAAAAAAAUAGGAAAAAAGAAAAGGAAGGAAAAGGAAAAAGAGUAGCUAAAACCUAAAAGGUAACUUUUUGCUUCAGGAGGGGGGUGGGGGAGGCAUCGUUGACCAGACUUGGUCAUAUUAGAGUUGUAAUGCUGUCAAACUCACAUCUUAAGCAGUGCAUGGGGUUAAGUGAGAACAGAGAAAAAAAGACAAGUCAGACAAGUAAACACAGAAGACGGUUAUUUCAUGGACUUUCCGUUUUGGGUCGGGACAAGGUCAAUUAGGGUCAGUGGCCAAAAUUCACAAAAGUGGCUUUGAAAACAAUCAGUUGGACCUAUGGUCUAUGCAGAUUUCCUGUAUAAAUUAUGCUCAAUUUACCACGUAUAUCAAAAUUUCCAAUGCUGAUGCACGCUUUUUGUCACAGUGUGACGAAUUGGAUCCUCCUGCCAUGGUUAAACAUGUAAUUUUAUUAAUGAAUGAAAUAUAGGGGCCCGUAUUCUGAAGUCAGGUUUAACAUAAACUCAGGUUUAAAGUUGUG